AUGGAGGAUACUGACAGAACGGUGAGCCGGUUGUUUAGAACCUUCAAGACGGUGAAGGAGAUGGUCCGUGAUCGGGGCUACUACAUCUCGCAGGAAGAACUCGACAUGACCCUCGACGAGUUCCGUUCGAAGGUGUGUGACUCCAUGGGCACCCCCCAGCGAAAAUUCAUGUGUUUCCAAGCCAACCCCACCCCCGAGUCGCUUGAAAAGUUCCCCGAACUCGGUUCGUUGUGGGUUGAGUUCUGUGACGAAGCCCUGGUAGGGAUCAAGACGAUGAGAAACUUCUGCAUCCACAUCUCCGAGAAGAACUUCUCCACCGGGAUCUUCAUCUACCAAACAUCGAUCACGUCGCUGGCCAACAAGUUGCUCCCCACCGUGGCCCCCGCCACCAUCGAAACCUUCAACGAAGGGGACUUGGUCGUCAACAUCACCCACCACGAGUUGGUGCCGAAACACAUCAAGUUGUCGCGUGACGAAAAGCGCCAGUUGUUGGAGCGGUACCGGUUGAAGGAAUCCCAGUUGCCCCGGAUCCAACGGGAAGACCCCGUCGCCCGCUACUUGGGGUUGAAGCGGGGCGAAGUCGUCAAGAUUAUUCGCCGAUCGGAAACCGCCGGGAGAUACGCCUCCUACCGCAUUUGCUUGUAG